CGCACCGAAAGGAAGUCGCAGUGGAGCUGCAGCCCGGAACGCAGCACACACCUGCAGUGUCUAUACCACGCCCAUGUACCUGCGAGAACCAGGAAGUCACUUUAUGCGGACCUGGGGCAAUCAAAAUACGCACCAAAAAUCUGUCUCAGUAAGACCCUCCUCGCCCUCUACCUCCUUCACAUCCACCUCUACCUCGAUUACUUUGCUGCGGUCGCAUUAAAAAAGAAAACAGACGGAGUUUCACCUGGGACCAGCCUUGCUCUGACCAGACCGGCACUGACCUGCUCAAGUCCAGCCGCAAGUUCUGCUGGUCCAGAGAAGCACAGUACUUGUAUCUGCGGCGCCUCUCAUCACGCAGCUACUCUGCUAUUAUGAUGAACCCAGUCAUGGAGGAGACUGUGUGGGAGCAGUACACUGUAACCCUUCAGAGGGAUCCAAAGAUGGGCUUUGGCAUUGCAGUGUCAGGGGGGCGGGACAACCCAAAUGAGGAAAGUGGCGAGACGUCCAUAGUGGUGUCUGACGUCCUGCAGGGAGGACCUGCUGACGGCUUGUUAUUUGAGAAUGACCGAGUCAUGCAGGUGAACGCCAUCCCCAUGGAGGGGGCCAUCCACUCCUUUGCUGUCCAGACCCUCAGGAAGUGUGGAAAAGUAGCAAAAAUUACAGUGAAGAGGCCCAGGAAGGUUCCGGUCAAUCUGCUGAACCGUCCCCCAUCACCUGAUGACAGAGUCUUCAACAACGACUACAAUGACGAUUACAACUAUGAGCAAGACCGUCGCAGUGUGUACAGUGGUCGGAGUGGUGGCGGGCGGGACCACAGCCUGGAGAGGGAGCGAGGCUACAUGGAUUCUGGCUACCAAACACAUGAGCGUGACUAUGACAGGGACUAUGACCGACGGGAGCGUGGCAGGAGCAAGGAGAGAGACCUCAGCCCGGACCGACAGUACAGGAGAGAUGGAAGCAGGGGUCGCACUUUAGACAGAGAGUACAGCCCGGAUCGUCGCUACAGGAGUGACCACAUGCUCGACCGUGAAUACAGCCCGGACCGAAGGUACCGCAGCGAGCGUGCGUUAGACCGAGACCAUAGCCCAGAUCGCCGCUAUCGCAGUGAACGAGCCCUUGAUCGGGAGUACAGCCCGGACAGACGCUACCGCAGUGAGCGAGCACUGGACUGCACCAACAGCCCCGACCUGCGCUACAAGCGUGACAGCCACAGCCCAGGACGAGGCCACGGGCGCGACCAUAGCUUUGAACGAGGACGGGAACGCAUCCCCAGUGACCCGAGGAAGUACGAAGAGCCGAUGAAGCGGAGCGGGAGCAGGGAUCGCCUGGACCGCUCGCCAUCGCCUGCUGCCAUGCCCAUCCCUCUGCCACGCCCCGCCCGGGACCUGGAGCCACUGGAGAAACCGCUGAAUGUGCUGCUGCUGAAGAACCGACCCAACGAAGAGUAUGGCCUUCGUCUGGGCAGUCAGCUCUUCAUCAAAGAGAUGACCAGCACAGGACUUGCCAGCAGAGACGGGAACCUGCAGGAAGGGGACAUUAUACUGAAGAUUAACGGUACAGUGACAGAAAACCUGUCUCUCAGCGACGCAGGGAAGCUGAUCGAGAAGUCUCGCGGGAAGUUACAGCUGGUGGUGCAGAGAGACAAACGGCAGGUGCUGAUCCGAGUCCCCCCGAUGGUCGACAGUGACUCGGAGCUCGAUGAUAUCUCAGAGAUCGAGUCCUACCGCUCCUACUCGCCACAGGAUGACAGGCGGGGCCACCACUCUGACCUGUCCUCCCACUCCUCCAAUGAGCGGCUUAGAGAGAAGCCCAGAGAGGACCCGCCCAACAGGCUGGCAAAAAUGGGUGCCAUGCCAACGCCAUUCAGAGGUCCUGACAGAGCCGUAGAAGACGGGCCUCCUUUGCAGACAGAGAGGGAGGAGCCACCACCAGAAACACCACCAGUACCAGCAGUCAUUGCAGCCCCAAAGGUUCACGGUCCUCCUAAGGUACCCCUAAAGCCAGGCACAGAGGACCAGGAAGUAUAUGGACCGAACACAGUAAUGGUGCGUUUCCAGAAAGGUGACAGUGUGGGUCUGAGGCUGGCAGGAGGAAAUGAUGUCGGCAUCUUCAUCGCGGGCGUUCAGGAGGACAGCGCAGCUGAGCAGGAGGGCCUCCGCACAGGAGAUCAGAUCAUGAAGGUGAACAAUAUGGACUUCCGAGGCAUGGUGCGUGAGGAUGCUGUCCUUUACCUCCUGGAGAUUCCAAAGGGAGAGGAUGUAACCAUUCUUGCACAGAGUAAACCUGAAGUAUACAAGGACAUUUUAGCGUCUGGCAGAGGCGACUCUUUCUUCAUCAGGACCCACUUUGAGUAUGAGAAGGAGGCUCCACAGAGCCUUCCUUUCUCUAGAGGAGAGAUCUUCAAAGUGACGGACACGCUUUAUGAUGGCAAACUGGGCAACUGGCUGGCAAUCCGCACUGGCAAAGACAACCAGCUGCUGGAGAAAGGAAUCAUCCCCAACAAAAGCAGAGCAGAGCAAAUGGCCAACGUCCAGAAUGCUGCUCGGGCUGCAUCAGGCAAUGACAGAGGAGACUUCUGGAGGCUGAGGGGUCAAAGAGCAGCAAAGAAGAAAGAUCUCCGCAAGAGCCGAGAGGACCUGAGUGCUGCUCCAGUCACCACACGAUUUCCCGCCUACGAGAGAGUGGUCUUACGUGAAGCUGGAUUCAAGAGGCCUGUGGUGAUAUUUGGGCCCAUUUCUGAUGCAGUAAAUGAAAAACUGGACAAUGACAUGCCAAGCGAGUUUGUCAUCGCCAAAACGGAGCCUAAGGAUGCAGGAAGUGAGAAAUCCUCUGGAGUGGUGAGACUUAACACCAUUCGACAAAUCAUUGAACAGGACCGCCAUGCUCUUCUGGAUGUGACUCCCAAAGCUGUGGACACACUGAACUACACCCAGUGGUAUCCUAUCGUCAUCUUCCUGAACCCAGACAGCAAGCAAGGCGUCAAAACCAUGAGGAACCGCCUUGUACCAGGAUCCAGCCGCAGUGCACGCAAACUGUAUGAGCAGGCCAUCAAGCUGAGGAAGACGUGCUCACACCUUUUCACUGCGACCAUCGACCUGAACUCGGCUAAUGAUGCCUGGUAUGGCAGCGUGAAAGAUUCUAUUCAGGAACAGCAGGAGAGAGCUGUGUGGGUGUCUGAGGGCAAGCUGGACGGUUCAGAGGAGGACCUGGACCUCCAUGACGACCGCAUGUCCUACCUGUCAGCAAUGAGCGCUGACUACCUGAGCAUGGACAGCCGUCUGACCAGUGACUACGAAGACACGGCUGAUGAGGGCGGGGCUUAUACGGACAACGAGCUGGACGAGCCACUGGACGAGCCCCAGCCUGUGUCGGCUAUCAGUCGAUCAUCAGAGCCCGUACUGCCAGACGAGAAGCUUCACCCUGUUCCCCGGGCUCGUAUGAGGAGGUCAGGGAGCAGAGAGGUGCUGAACAGAGAGCCCAGCCCCCCCCCUUCUUUUGUCCCUGAACCCCCGAAGGUGCGUGCUCAGACUCGGACUGACUCAUCUCGGAGCUAUGACUCACACUCCAGCAGCACCAUCAGCAGUGACGCAGCCAGCGGAAACAAACCGCCUCCCCCUCCCGUGGCCCUGAAGCCCACCGUCACCCGUCUGAACCAGCCCACAGAGGAACACAGCCCAGGGAAGGAGGAGGACCCCGCCAACAAAUCCUUCCUGGGCAAGAUUCAGGCGUUUGAGAAGAUGGACCACCUGGCUCGAGCUCAAAGGCUCCUGGAGCUGCAAGAGGCAGAGAAUGCUCGAUUGGAAAUCGCCCAGAAGCAUCCAGACAUCUACGCCAUCCCAGUGAAGCUACCAAAACCCAACCUCAACCGUCCUCAGCCAAUAGGUUCAAGCUCCAACCCCGAGCCCCAGACUCCAUCCAGGCCACCGUACUCAGAGACGAGAGGACACGACGACGAUGAGGCCGACUACCGCAGACAGCUGGCCGACCAGACCAAGAGAGGAUACUACAAUCCUCAGAAAUACAAAGACACUGAGCUGUAGGCCGGAAACCCCCAGACGUGACAUCAUCACUGCGCACCGCUCGAUUCCUCCUACAUCAUCGCUUCACGCGGUCAGAGCUUGUCGCUUAUGCAGCUUUACCAUGACGUAAACUCUGAACUUUCUGUUUGUGGUCAGACUCCUGGGAGGAUGUUAGUUUCAACACUAAUUUAAGACACUUUUCAAUACUGUUGUCUCACUACAUGUUGUACUCAACACAAGUUUGAACAAAAGGUACCUUCACACCUGCCCUUCACACGUGAUGUUUAGCGUGUAUGUAUUUCUAUUUUCUGUUUUUAUGUGUCUGAAAAGGUUUUUGUUGUGAACCAGUCUUCAUUUUACCCCGGUACACUGUAACACCCGGCCCUAGGUUGUGCCUCUCAUGUGCCACCAUGACACAAGUCGCAGAGCUAAGCAUCAGUUUUUCUGAAAAAGAAGAGGUCUGUAAAACACUUCUGUGUAGUUCUGGACACAUUUCCAGAAUCCACCAAGACACUUCCUAAAUAUUUCCUCCACAGAACAAUAAAUAGGUAGAUAUAGAUUCAUAGAUAAGUAAGUAUAGAUCAAUUAUUUAUUUAUUUUUUUCAUUUGUAACUCAGGUUACCACUCUGCUUCCUGUCCAGGGAGCUGGAGAUGCCAUGUUUCCUUCCGCGUGUUGUAGAAAGAAGAAAAAUAUAAACAUUGUGUUGUGUAUAAUAAUGGAAAAUAACAAAUUGAGCGAGGACUAAUGGCAUUUCCAGCUACCAUCUUCGUUUGGGUAAGGAAAGAGUCCCAACUCAGAAAAACUGGUUAAUCUCUUUGAUGCCUACAAGCCGGCGACAGCCGUGGCCAGAGGAACUUGUUUUCGGGUUGUCCGUCCGCACGUCCAUCGGUACGUCCUUCCAUCCCAUUCCCGUGAGCGCGUUGUCUCAGGAGCGCCUUGAGAGAAUUUCUUCAAAUUUGGCACAAACGUUCACUUGGACUCGGAUGAACUGAUUAGAAUUUGGUGGUCAAAGGUCAAUGUGACACAACACGUUUUUGGCCAUAACUCAAGAAUUCACAUGAUAAUUAUGACAGAAGACACUUCAUACCUUUUAUUAAAUUCCUUCAAAGUCUUCACUACAUAUAUUAUGAGUCUGGACUGACAUGAAUGUGAACUGCAGCUCGACUGGCUGGCAGAGGCAUACAACCACGAGGCGGUAGUUGUAGGUCCUUAUUGUGCAGCGGACGGCACACUUUUUCAUCCAGAUGUUUAGCAAAGUCUCCGAAUAGCCUGAGAAAUAUUCUCAGAAAAGCAUUAAGUGUUAUUUAACAACCCUCUGACCGUUUCAAACAUCACCAGGGAUUUAUCUUUCAGGAAGACAGAGGAUUAGCUCUCUUACUAGGACAUGAUAGUAAUAACACGAGAGGCGGAAACUGCAGCUCACUUACAUCAUGCUGCACCUAAAGCACGGAUAUGGCACUGUGUACAGCAUGGGGACUGUUUGCUUUUACCUCCUAUUAGUGAGUGGUUUUGCACAUAUAAUGUUGUAGCAUCUCUCCGCUCUGAUAACUAGCAUGUUUCAGACACGUUCCUAAAGGAAUGAUGUAAAAAUCACACGCUGUGUGCUAACAGCUGCUCUGAGGUCAGAUAGAUGUCGGUUUUCCUCCUCUCUUCGUUCUCCUGCCAAGUCUUCUCUGAUUUAUCAUAUGCCUCUACACUCCCAGUUGAAUAUACACUACACUGUAAUAUGUGUGCGUUCUGGGACGCAGCAUAUUUUCAAGUGCCUUGCAGCUCUUAUUUCAGUUUCGGAAAGAACAAAAAAAGUUAUUCGCAGAACGAAGGAGGUUCUUAAAUUAACAACCUGACGCUAAGUCCGAAAAGGGUGCUUGGUGAUUUUCAGUGCAUUUCUCAGUAUCAAAGAUUUUCACAAAUACUUUUUUGUCAAUACUGACAAAAUGAGUUGUAGAUUUUAAACAGCUGGAAAUUUCCUUUCUUCUCUUUUUUUAUUUUUGCGUUUAUCGGCACUAUGGUACAGGAGUGCAUUCCCUUCACAAAAGAAUGAUGGAGAUGCUAAGCUGUAAUUGCUAGUUACAGAAAGAUCUCAUUAAUGCAACAUCUGUAUCUGUAUCAACAUCUGUAGAGCAGAUCUCAUAAUUACAAGGCUCGUAUUUCACAGUUAUGACUUUAAAAUGACAUGUCCUUUUUCCGUAUAUAGUGAAUGAAAAUCACUUCUGUAAUUUAGGCAGGUUAUGCAGGUGCCUGGAAAACAUUUGUGUUAAAGUCAUGAGGAACAGACGGACCAGGCAAAUGUCAGAUUUCCCAGUUAAAAUGUGUCAUGACAGGAUGUUCAGAUGAUGGUGUGAGGAACUGUUCGGGUCUGAGAUGGGCUCAGAGGAUGCAGCACAGCAGAAAGCUGACGCUGACAGUUGGUGUGUUUCUUUAUUAGCUGCUCGCGACACAGAGACAAUCGCAUUUUUAUUGCGUAUAAUGUUUUUAUAUUGAAUAUUCGCUGCACUCAGUCAAGUCUUUGUACCCAGGAGUAUAGGGAAUGUGGUGACGGCAAUCAUGUUGGUUGAUCAGUUUCUGUUAAAUUUCUGUGAUUUUUUUUUUUUUUUUUAAGUGUUACAGGACUCUUGUGAAA